CCUAGAGUGAAGGUGGAUCCAGACCCGCCCCUUCUCAGCUUCCUAUAAGGGCUGGGGACCUGGGAGAGCAGGCUCACACACGAUGAGGCCCUGCAUGAGCCCCGGGUCCUUCCUGCUGGCCCUCACACUGCUCUGCAUCCUCCUGGGUCUGGGAUGCCCACUGAGCUGUGAGGUGUGCAAGGGCUCCGGGCCCACGUGCAGCGGGAAAAUGAAGACCUGUGAGGCCGGCAAGGACGCAUGCGUGGUCGUCGUGGGGGAGUCAAGCACAAAGGGCCACCACGCCGUAAACACCCACAAGGCCUGCAUGAAAUUCAGUGACUGCUACUCGGGUUUUGUAUCCACCACCAUGGGGCCCAAGGACUACAUGGUGUCCAACACACGCUGCUGCCAGAGUGAUGGCUGUAACCAUGACUCUGUGCCCCCUCCCCAGAACAAUCGUACUGAGAAUGGCCUGCAGUGCCCUGCCUGUAUCGUGCCCUUCCAGGAGACAUGUCAGGGGACCCAGGCCGCCCACUGUGUUGGCCAGGAAACCCGCUGCAUCUACUUCGCUGGCAACGUGCAGGCUGGUAUCAUCAACACCAAAUUUGCCACUCGGGGCUGUGCUACAGAGAGUGCCUGCCUCGCUCAGGCUGGGGCCCAGGUGCCCUCAGCCUCCUAUCUCUACUUCCUCCGCCGAGCAGACUGUCUUCCAGCCCCCCAGUCCCCUGACAGGGCUGAGUGAAGAACUGAGGAAUAUGUGGCUUGAGGUUUCCACGUGGCCUCAGCCUGCAGCUCCCCACAUGCUUAUAAAUUAAACAGGCUAACAAAGCAGA